AUGGCGCUGAAGCGCAACCCGUCGAUGGCGCUCUGCGCCGUGGAGCCGGCGAAGCGCUCGAAAGCCACUCCCAACGUGCUGCAGCCUUGGGAGCCCCUGAACCUUCAUCUGAGCCCUCGGAUCCCCAGCGACCGCGCCGCCCUGCUGGCCGAGCGUCUGAGAGCCGAUCCCAAGCUCCGCCUCGUGGACUCGGAGGACGGUGCUCUUCUCGUGCUCCCAAGCUUCGAGUUCGAGGAACUUUCCGCACUCCAGAAGCGUGGCAAGCGGGUGGUUGGCCUGCCUUUGGUAGAGCGGUUCUUGAAGGAGCGGAGCUUGAUGGAAAAGGUCAUGGAGCUGCCUCUCUUCGACCUACUCUACAGGUCUGAGAAGGGGCUCUGCUUUUCAGCAAUGAAUCCCGAGGAUCGAUCUCGCCACCAGGCCUUCGCCACCUGGGUCGGCGCCCGGGUAACCGAAGACAUCGGACCGGACACGGAGCUCUUGGUUGCGCGGAAGGUGAGCUUGCGGCCAGACUCCAAGUACCAAGCAGCGCUGGCCUUGCGACUGCCCAUCGUGAGGCCGACCUAUGUCAAGGCAUUGUGGGACGAGCAGCAACUGGUGGACAAAGAGCCACAUUUCCUGCCGCCCUUGGCCGGAUUGGCUAUCAACUUUGGGCCCAUCCAGGACCAGGUUUCGCCGGAGCUCCGGAAGCGGGCCGAAGCCUCCGGUGCUGUCAUCACCACCUUAGACAAGGCGGAGGUAGUCAUCGUGACAGAUGCCUCCAAGCCAAUUUACCAGGAGGGCCGGUCCCUGGGCCUCCUGUGUGCCCCCCCGCUCUGGCUCGAGCGCUGCCUUCAGAUCCGCUGCUGCCUGACCAUCGCCGGGGAGCUGGAGGUACCCCAGGCUGGCGUCCCUUUAGGCGGGAGCGUCGAGGCAGAAGUCUCGAACAUCUUGCACGGCUGUGUACUGUGUUUGGUGUAUCUGCCCCCAGGGAAGGAGCGUGAUGAUGCAGCCGAAAGGGCUUGGCGUUGUGGGGCCUGGACCACCUUGGAAGCCAAGGACCCGUCCAUCACCCAUGUUCUAUUCGAUGUUGUCCCUCGCGUCCUGGUCCAUGUGUCGAUGCCGAUCGAUGAGGCGUUGGGAGUGGAGUUUGUGGACGUCCGCUGGCUGGAUGAAUGCGUGGCAACCGGGAAGAGAGCCGAGGAGAACAAUUUCGCAAGGCCACGGGUGGCCUACAACCCGACCUGCGAUGUCGCCUACCCUGCUGCGCUCCAGUCGGACUUGUCCACCCCGACCAUGAAGGUACGGAGAGUCGAGAGCAGCGCUGCCCUCGAGGAAGUUACCACGAAGAGCACCCAGCUGGUCGAGGCUGCCGCCGGGAAGCCGGAGCUCAGAAGUGGGCAAAAGCCUCCACUGUCUGGCCUCACCGUCCGCAUCACGGCAUUGGACGACUCCAAGCAGAGCUGCCGGGAACGGCAGCGCCUUCAGGAGAUGGCACACAGCCUGGGCGCCACUGUUGCGGACCAACGGAGCCGUCUCGGGGACAUCACGCACUUCGUUUGUGUGGUUCCGGAUCGCUUGGAAGCUGGCCUGGCAGAGAAAGCUCGAAAGCGGCAGAUCCACAUAGUGGCCGUGCACUGGUUGCUAGACUGCAAUCGGCACGGCAGCCGACAGCCAGAAGCACGGUACAGCGUGAGAGACGCCGCGCCGGUGCCCACACAAAGUGCUGCGCCCUUGCUGGAAGAUGCGGUUACAAAGGCGAGCCCCUGUGUCGCUGCCACCGUCCUCGCCAAGUGCGACAUUCUGGUGUCUCCCUGGGCCCUAGGCGUGGAGCCGAAGCUCACGCAGAUGGCCAAGGAGCUGGGGGCCACCUCGGUGCGGACCUGGAGAACGCCCGCAGAGCUGCGGUCCCUGCUCCAGGCGUCCUCCGAGGGCCAAACCCGGGCGGUGGUAGUGGAGAAGGACGAGGCCAGGCAAGGGUCUCUGGAAGGGUGCAUAGAGAACUGGACGCCCGAGCUGCGCAGCAUCUUCGUGCAGCCGAGUUGGCUCUCAGCGGCCUGGCAGCACGUUGAAUGUAGGGUCGGCUCAGUGUUUGGGGCUUGCGGUUACGGAUGUUGUUUUGUGGCGCUGACAUCUCUCUCGUCAUACUGCAGAGAGUGCUGGGCACCAGCUGGCGACGUGGUGUCGCACAUCCUGAGCUUUUUUUGCAGGGCAGUGCUGUGUGUGGUUUCUAUUAAAAUUAACGAAGUAUAUCAUUAA